AUGCACAAAACGAUAUAUAUGGUUGAAUUUCUUCUUCUGAGCUUUAUUUUUGCGCUUGGUGCGCGUUUGCGCGUGCAUUUGAAAAGCGCAUGUUUUUCGCUCGCUCGCUCGCUCGACUCACUCUCUUUCUCUCUCUCUCUCUCUGCGCUCUCCGCGCGCGUUCUCGAACAAACAGGUUCGGCAAUCCUGUUCAACUUUUUUAACGGCAAAUUCAUCGCGUCGGAACUACGAGCGAUAGGAGGUAUUCGUCGCUCUCAGGACGAUGUGUUGUUUAAACUCGGUCUCGUCCUCGCCGUAUUUGGAGCGCUCGUCAACGUCGUAUCGGACGAAAUCCUCCUCCGCAGGCGAAGGGCGAAUACGAGAGCGACGCCGUCCCGCGCCGCCGCGCGUCGCCACUCCGUCGUCUCCACCAACAAAAGCAGCAAAUACAUCCUCCCAAACGGAUUCUUCUUCGAUUACGUGUUAUGUCCAAACUAUCUCGGCGAAUUCAUCGAGUGGCUCGGCCUCGCCGUCGCCACGAACAACCUCGCCUUGCGCGCGUUCGCGCUUUGGACGUUCGCCAACCUCUUCCCGCGCGCCGUAAACUACCGACGGUGGUACGUGGACACGUUCGGAGAGAAAGCGGUCGGAAAGCACAGGAAAGCUUUCCUGCCCUUUCUCGUUUAA